UAAAGAACGAGUUUCUCGUUUCAGGGAAAUGAUUUAAGCGUAAAAUGGUGGAUAAUGGCAACUACACGGAUCCGAACUACGGUGACACACCGUAUCCGGACGACGGAACUCCGUGGUUGGAUACACCUACGUCCAACCAAGUGUUGGGCGUCGAAGAGACCGAUGAGACGUCCACCAUACCCUCAGAAAUGAUACCUACAGGAACCGGAGGUCCCAUUGUAAUACGGACAGAAGAAGCGUUCAUUGUCAUAUGUGUGAUGAUACUAUGGGUGGCGGCCAUUGCAUUGUUCUUCAACCGAUGGGGCAAAAUUCGAAUGCUUGAACCGUACCAGCCGAAAUUCCACGAAGAAGAACACCGUCCAAGCUGUCCAAUGGUCGAGUUGGCUAGUGCAUCGGGAAUCGGCCAUAGUAUAACCGGAGGGCACCGAACGUCAUUCUCAAAGUUCAACGUAAACAGCUGUCUUGAACCGUCGGCCAUUUUCCAGACGAUACAGCCGACGCACCGUGCCUUGCAAAUCCGGCCUAGGCAGAACUCCAUGUUCGCGGGCGGCGGCGCGCUGCCGGGGGCGUGUGGCCCGUCGCAACUAACCGGCCAUUGCACGCUGAUGGCCGGCCGUCCACGCAAGGCCAAGUCGGCGGCCGACAUCAAGUCGCUAGUGCAGCACGAAUGUGGUCCAGCCCGGACCAGCCGGUCCAUGUUGCCGAUGACGGUGGGCGCAGCCGCGGUGGCCGCGGUGGCCGAGCGCCGAGUGUCGUGUGCCGCUCCCACGACCACGUCGUCGUUUGGUGGUUACGGUUGCGGCGCCGGUGGUGGUCACGGUUACGGUUCGCUGUCCGUGACCGCGGUCAAGGAACGCAGGUCGUGCAGCCUGUUCCCGUCGCCAGCGUCUGACAAACGGUUCUUCUCGUCGUCGUCGUCCACCAAUACGCCGCCGGCUCCGUGCCUCUGCGACGUACCGUUUGGCCAACCGUCGUCGUCGUGGGCGUCUGCCAAACGCGAUUUCCUCAUGACGCCGUCCACGUCACUGGGCGGCGGUUCCGGGUUCAGCGGCGGCGGCGCCGGUGGCCGGCGGACGUCAUGCGGCAUGGACCACCUGUGCCCGACGUCCAUAACGCUAAAGGACCGACGGCCGUCGUUCAACAACGUAAUCGCUCAGGUGACGGCCGAACGGCGCCCGUCGUCCAGCAUGCUCAGGAUCAGCAACGUUUAAUUAAUGCGGCACGGCUCAGUGUUCAUGCAGCAGCUGCUGCAGUUGUUGCGGUUUGCAAAUAUACAUAACUUACUAUUAUUUUUGUUGUUGUUGUUGUUGUUGUUGUUGUUGUAAUGUAGUGCACACGCAACCCCGACCGUCCAGAAAACAUACAUAAUAUUAGUAUUGCGAUGCAGGUCGAGUCUUGAAAACGCUAAUAUAUUUCUGUGCCCUAGAAAAACUCACGAUGCGGUACAAUAUAACUCGAAAUUAUAUUUUUCACCCCCCCUCGAAAUUCGAGUUAUUGAGACUCGACCUCCCGUACCUAAUGUGUAUUAUUAUCAUAAAUAAUAUACGGGUUUCGUUUUUAAAUAUAAGUCUACUACAUAUGUGGACGUUGUACAUGAGUUAAAUAGUAGCUAUAUACAUCGAUUUAAUAUAAAUUAUAAUAUUCUAUGUGUAAGUGUAUAUAUCAAAUUAUUAUUACGUCAUGUUGUACCUUUAAUGAUAUAAAUUAUUAUUAUGUUAAAAUACGUAUGCUCUCCCCCACUCUCCCCAAAAAAACCAUUAUAAAAUACUCGCAGAUAGUCGAUGUAACAUUCUAAAUAUCUGUUACAUGAUUAAAUUUGGAAAUAUAAAUUUAACACAAAGAAAAAUAAGUUGAACGUUUUGUUAUCAACGGACAUGUUCACACCGCGGUGAUAGACAUUAGUUGAAUUACAUUAUCUACCUAUCUACAUGAUUUUUGCAUCAUAAUAAUGACAUUUUUGGUCUUACAAAAUUCCAGAUUUUAUUGCAUAAAUGAUAAAAACGAUACAAAUGUACCCCCAUACACCAAUAAGUCGCUCACGACGAUCGACCCCUUCCACCACCUCAAUGUGUCACAGGCCCCCUUGCAAAUUCAGUAUAAAAUGUGAUUUUUACCCACCCUAGUCUUAUGCUUAAAUUUUGGAUUUAUUAAAAUUCUGAAUUUUGGAAUGUUGGUGUAUAUAUAAUAUGUAUAUAGUAUACAUACACCUAUACUCAAAGUCUAGAGAUAAUAUUUUUUUAAAUGUGCUUUUUAAGUUUCAAUUGCAUGAAACUUGUAUUCCAAUUUAAAAUCCAAUAUAUAGAUGGAUAUAAUUGAUUAAAAUCUAUAAAUCUACACUGCAUUACAUAUUGUAACUAUAAUAUUAUUGUAGUUAUAAUAUAUUUCCAUUUAUUUUUAUAAUAACAAUAAUAGGAUAGGUACAAGCUUUUAUGCCAAUGUGUGACGGUGUGUAUUGUGACGAUCUCUAGCAGAA